GGAGGGGCUAAUAAGUCACCGUCCAGGGGUGAGAGUUCAGAGGGCAAAGGGAACCAGCAUGGCGUCAAAUGGAGGUUUGGGUUCUUUGGGGGCUGAAGGGGCAAUGUCAGCAGCCCAUGCACUAUCAUUGCCAGCAGAGGCCUAUGGAAAUGAUCCACAACUAGAAAUGAUGUGGGCAAUGAAAGCCUUUCAACAUGCAGAAAUAUAUUUUAAUCUCAUUUCUUCUGUAGAUCCAAAAUUUUUAAGGCUGACAAAAGCAGAUGACAAAAUUUAUACGGAAUUUAGGGAGAAGUUCCCCAAUUUGAAUAUUCAAAUUCUGGAUCCAGAAGCACUUAAAUCAGAGCAAGCCAAAGAGGAGUGGAGGCCAUUCUGUAUGCAGUUUGAUGGAACUGUUGAAGAUUACAACUAUGGUACACUGCUGAGGCUGAACAGUGAAAAGGAUUACACGGAAGAAAACACUAUUUUUGCCACAAGGAUCCAGUUUUAUGCAAUAGAAAUUGCCAGGAAUCGUGAGGGAUACAACAACACAGUUUUCCAGAGAUCAUCUAAAGUUAAAAUAAACAGCAAACCAGAGGGCGACAGCUGAUGCAAAGCCUAAUUAGAAAUGUGUUUUCCCUCUCCCAUUGGUUUCAUUGACUUUUUUCUGAAAAGAGCCUAUUUAAAAUCCAAAUAAGAAGUUUUGAAAAAUUUCAUGUAUUCCAAAGAAAGGACCCCCAACUUUGUCAGUUUUAUUUUGAAGAGAUUGGUGAAUUGUUUUUCAUGUUAUUAAAAGGCAUGCAUGGUUUAAAGAAGAAUGGAGGAACUCAAGAGUUUGCAUACUUCUACAAGGAGAAAAUGAAGAUAUGGUACUGGCCCAGUUUACUUCUUUUUCUUUCUUUUUUUUUUUUAAUUCUAAUUCUCAUUUUUGAUGUAAUUGCAUUCUGUUACUUCUCUGAGUUUGUGACCUGGUAUAUAAAUACUACAGUUUCUGAAUCAGACCAAACACAAAUGUUGUAUACUAUUAGGUCAGUGACUGGCCAAAAUAGAACUAUUAUAUUACACAAGGUCAUUUUAUACCUCCAAGUGACUUGUUUACCUUUUUAAUUUAUCCGUUCAACUCAUUUUGGAAUACUGUGUUGCUUCUUGUCAUGUCAACUCAGUAUUAACUUGUGUGCUCAGUGCUGAACAUGCAGCUGUUCUCUAUCUACCUAUUAACUUUUUUCCAUCUGACAGUGAAUGAUUAACUUCUAGAAACUGCCAUCAGUGUUCCAUGAUUUGCCAUGAUUUUUAGGAAUUAAAAAUUAUCAGGUAGUAACUUCCUUGUCAUAUAUUGAAAAUUCCUAAAUCUAUAAGUUUUAUAUUUGUAAGUUAAACAUGAAAAAUGUAACUGUGCAAAAGUAAUAUUACUUAUCAACUAUAUUUCAGUGUCAUUACACUACUGUUAUAUACAGCACAACACAGGUCAUAUGACAAUGUGGAGUUACAGCAAGAGUUGAGGAGAAAGCUUGACCAAAAUAAUUUGACAAGAAGACAUUUAUUUACCAACUUGAAACCUGAGUUUACUGCACUCUUCCUUCACAUACUAACUAAUCUAAUCUAUUUCAUAUUUGAAGUUUGCUGUGUGGGAAGUAACCUGCAUGUCUUAUUUUUAUAACGCAUUUUUCAGGGUAAUAGGUCUUAAACUUGGUCUUGGUUGACUCCUGUGGCUGCCACCAAUUCCUACUUCAAACUGACAUCCCAUCUGAAUUAAAGAUACUUUUAUUUCCCA